AUUACCCAACACACCACACGAGGGAAGGGAGCGGUGGUAAACAACAACGUACCCGAAAGUUGAAAAUCGAACGAACAAAAGAGUGUGAGACUGAGCAAUAUAUUAAAGAGACAUUAAAGCCGAAAAGCAUAUUCUUCUUCCGAAGUAUUCAUCGAUCCAUCGCCAAACAUGCCUUCUAGUCACUUGCUUCUCGAGGAACCCAUUAGGAUGGUCUCCAUCCUCGAGCCAUCCAAGCCUAGUUUUUUCCCUGCAAUGACAAAGAUUGUUGGUACCCUGGGUCCUAAAUCUAGAUCCGUUGAAACUAUUUCUGGUUGCCUCAAGGCUGGCAUGUCGGUGGCUCGUUUUGACUUUUCAUGGCAUGACCCUGAGUAUCACCAGGAGACUUUGGAGAAUUUGAAGGUUGCUGUCAAGAGUACUAAGAAGCUAUGUGCUGUUAUGCUGGACACGGUGGGUGCAGAGAUGCAGGUUGUUAACAAAAGCGAGAAAGCAAUCUCACUUGAGGCAAAUGCUCAAGUUGUUCUAACUCCUGAUCAGGGACAAGAAGCCUCUUCAGAAAUAUUGCCCAUCAAUUUUGAUGGAUUGGCAAAGGCAGUGAAGAAGGGGGACACUAUUUUUAUUGGACAAUACCUGUUCACAGGAAGUGAAACUACUUCUGUAUGGCUAGAGGUAUCUGAAGUCAAUGGGGAAGAUGUUGUUUGUAUUAUAAAGAACUCGGCUACAUUGGCUGGGUCAUUGUUCACCUUGCACGCCUCUCAAAUUCAUAUCGAUUUGCCUACUCUCACCGAGAAAGACAAGGAGGUUAUAAGCACCUGGGGAGUUAAAAACAAAAUUGAUUUUCUGUCAUUGUCCUAUACUCGGCAUGCUGAAGAUGUUCGCCAGGCUCGUGAAUUCCUUUCAAAGUUGGGUGAUAUCAGCCAGACUCAAAUAUUUGCAAAGAUUGAAAAUGUUGAGGGAUUGACCCAUUUUGAUGAGAUUCUACAAGAAGCUGAUGGUAUUAUCCUUUCCCGUGGGAAUUUGGGUAUUGAUCUUCCACCAGAGAAGGUGUUUUUAUUUCAAAAAUCUGCCCUUUACAAGUGUAAUAUGGCUGGGAAACCUGCUGUGCUUACACGUGUGGUGGAUAGCAUGACUGACAACUUGAGGCCAACUCGUGCUGAAGCUACUGAUGUUGCGAAUGCCGUUUUAGAUGGAAGUGAUGCCAUUCUUCUGGGUGCUGAGACUUUACGUGGGUUGUACCCUGUUGAGACUAUUUCUACUGUUGGCAGAAUUUGUUCAGAGGCUGAGAAAGUUUUCAAUCAAGACCUUUAUUUUAAGAGAACAGUCAAGUAUGUUGGAGAACCCAUGACCCACUUGGAAUCUAUUGCAUCCUCUGCGGUACGAGCUGCAAUUAAAGUGAAGGCUUCUAUUAUAAUUUGUUUCACUUCAUCAGGAAGGGCUGCAAGAUUGAUUGCAAAGUAUAGACCAACAAUGCCAGUUCUUUCUGUUGUGAUCCCCCGACUUAAGACAAAUCAGCUAAAGUGGAGCUUUAGUGGAGCUUUUGAGGCAAGGCAAUCACUUAUCGUGAGAGGUCUCUUUCCUAUGCUUGCUGAUCCUCGACAUCCUGCUGAAUCAACAAGUGCAACAAAUGAGUCUAUUCUGAAGGUUGCCCUUGAUCAUGGAAAAGCAUUGGGAGUUAUAAAAUCACAUGACCGAGUAGUUGUUUGCCAGAAACUUGGUGAUGCAUCUGUGGUGAAGAUUAUUGAGCUUGAAGAUUAAAGUGCAUUCAGCCAACUACAGUUUUAGUGUUAUUUAUUUUACAUGUUUCCAUAGAUUUUUUAAGAUGCGGGUCAUUCUACCACAAGUUGAGGUUAUCUCUACUUUGAUAAAACAAAUUUUGAUGCAAAUUGUCAAACAUAAAAUCAAGGGAAUGUGCCCUUGAUGCCAAUUUUUUGGGAUUAGUAUUCACAAUAGAACAGAGAUUGAAAAUGUGAUUAUUGUAUCCGUACCAAAUUAUUGAUGGUAAUAGCUUGUUAUUACUUCAGACUAGUCAUGAACAAGUAUAAUUUAAUGAUGAAUGGAGUGUGGAGUAAAAUGACUUGAGGCAUGUUUGAAUU